GCCACCUCUCAGUGUCCAUCAGUGCCAGCUCUCAGUGCUCAACCAUGCCACCUGCCAGUGCCACAUUUCAGUGCCCAUCAGUGCCACUUAUCAGUGCUGCCAAUCAGUGCCACCUCUCAGUGCCAGUCAGUGCUGCCUAUCAGUGCCACCUAUCAGUGUGCAUCAGUGCCACCUAUCAGUGCCCAUCAGUGCUGCUUAGCAGUGUUGCCUAACAGUGCCAGUCAGUGCCACCUAACAGUGCCAGUCAGUGCCGCCUAUCAGUGUCAGCCAGUGCCACCUAUCAGUGCCGUCUAUCAGUGCCAUAUAUGAGUGCUGCCUUUCAGUGCCCAUCAAUGAUGCCU